AUGGGCAAAUUAAAGGCUAAAAAUAAGAAUGGACCGAGCUCCAACGUGCGGACUUCUAUCACUCAAGAUGACUUGUAUGAAGAAGCUGUGAAACUUGAAGAACAAGCUGAAAGGUGGAUAUUAUCUGACGUCGUCAAAACGCUUAGGUUCUAUUCAAAAGCUUACGAAACGUAUGAGCAGGCUUUGAAGGUGGAUUCAGGGUCUAUUAGUGAUUCUUACAACAUUUACUAUAAUGAAACUCGUUUAUUGCUGAAAAUUUUCACUGAAUACACUGGUGCAAAUGGGUAUAUCAACGUUUUGAAGUAUGUGAACUUGAGUGGUGUGCCAGGGCUGAAUGAGAUUCUUUUGCCUCUCUCAGCUAUAAUCCAGAAAUUUGAAUUCGUAGUUUCAGAGUUCCCCGAUCACUGUAGCUGGGAUCUUUAUUUCAACCUAAUGACAUGCUAUUUGACUUAUGCUGAAUAUGUUGAUUCUCCAGCAGGUUCAGAAUUGGUAAGUAUUAGCACACGGUUCAUAGAAUUAUCCCACCAGGUGCUUCGGAUGCAUUCUGAAGCAUUGGCCGACUGGUCCUCACCAGAAAAUAAUUCCCCAACUGCAAAGGAAAUCCAAAAGCAAAACACUGAUGUAGAUCUAAGAACUGGGGCUGGUAUUCGUCAUAAUACACCUUCUCAGUCUGAAACUGAGCUUUUGGUAAUGUUCGACGGGAUCACCCCUCAAACUUUCAUAGAUACGUUGGUCACAACAUACAAGUUCAUCUACGCUAUUACAGAAAUACUUAUGGAUUUCAAGUCAGACCCUGUUCAGGAUAUUAAUGAAGCUCAGGUGAACUAUUUGGAAGAUUUAAUUGCGAAAUUUUUAAAUCAAACGGACGACGCUUUUGGUUCACUGUCAUUCACUGACACCCUUGAUGUCAGCGAGUUACAGCUGGCGCGGAGGGCAAUAAAUGGGCUACAAGUUGCUGCAACAGGCCAGCUGGAGACUAUCAAAGAAUUCCUUAAUCAGUCUACAACUACAGAGAUGGAAGUUCUACUUAGCAGUGUUGACUUACUCCAGGCUGCAUAUCCGUUCGUGCCAAAAAUGCAACAAUGGGAACUCUGUUGCUUACUGAAUACGACUUUAAAAAGUUGUCAGGAUAUGCUAAGCACAGAAAGUAAUAGUAUUAAGUCUGGCAAGAGUAAACAAAUGGAUCAAUUGAGUGUUACUGUGUUCCGUUUAUGUGAUGUAAUGGUUAGUCGCGCUGACAAUGAAAUACGUCGAAUGCAAAUAGAACAAGCAUCAACUACAGAGAAAAGCAUGGAAAUAUCCGAUAAAACUGAAAUCCUUCAUAAGAAUGCUAAGGUACUAUUAGAAGGAGCCAUGGAGAUUGCAAAACAGCCUUGCGGAUUACGGGAAUAUGUUAUCGACAAGCUAAAGCGCAACUAUAUUUUUCUCCAGGCAAAAUUAAGAGCCUGCGUUAUCUCGGGUGACAAUGGCUAUGACUCGGACGAACUGCAUGAUCUCCUAUCUUCCUAUCCCCAGUACUGUAUAUUUCAGACUUCGAGUGCUUGA